AUCGAUCUUCUGACACCCUCCACAAAACGCAACUAACGAUCACUUUUACGACAACAUCCUAUGCUAGUCCUUGCCAAAUGACCUUAUAUUUGGUACGGUAUCCAAACGAGGCAGAGGCCCAAACCGAGGCAGAGGCUCGAGCGCGCUGCAAAGUACGGCUUCACAAGCCCCAACCGCCUGUAAUGACUACGCCAUCACUCUCCGUCUUCCCCCUCCUUCCAUUCGAUCAGAUCUCCGGACUUACACCCUCGCCCUUCAGAGCUAUCCUUCUUUUUUGGCACUCCGUCCAUGUUCGUCAGGCACCCAACAAUGCAAGUCAGACUCGGGGCUCUGUCUCAUGGUUCGGUGCACCCGCUUGUGCGAGCAGUGCUCGGAUGCGUGUGUCGCUCUCCUCAUCUGUCCACCCUGUCGAGAAUCCGCCCACAGCAUCAAGGACGGUCGUCCCGUCAUCCGCGCGUGUCGUCGGGUCGCUACCAGCUGCUAUUAGCUCUUCGACGGCCUGCGCCUCGCUGUGGUACACGGCUGGACGCUGAUUGCAAAGUUUCUUGACGAACUUGACUGUCAAAAUGUCUGAGCUCCCGUAAAGACAAGUUUUGCGAGAAUGACGCCGAUUUUAGUACGAAUGCCCGUUCUCCGAAAGUUUGCGGGUGGAUUCCGCGCCA